AGUCUCCAUUUGUGCUGUUCUAACACUUCUAACCUAACUUUAACGACUUUAGGUUAGAAGAUUAGAAAAAAUCUAAACUUGCUCAAAAUGUGGAAAUCCCUAUUUACUGCUGUAUCUAAAGCGCCCGUUUUGCAAACCACUGACAUUUUGAAUCAGCAACUAAGGACAACAUUCAUCCUCCGUCGUAAAACACCACCCUUACUUCAUAAACAAGGACGAAAACCAAAAACACUCCGCUCUAGACAUUAUAUUUACGAAUUAGUCAAAGAUACUGAUGUGGAGAAACAAGCAGACAUUGAUGUUAUUCUCACAUCCUAUGUUGAAGGUCUUGGAAAUGCUGGCGACAAAGUGUCUGUGCGCCCCACGUUCGCAUACAAUAAGCUGCUGCUACCAGGAUUAGCAGUGUACGCCAGCCCUGAAAAUGUCGAGAAAUACUCAAACUUGACCAAUGAUAGUGAGAAAAUUAGAUAUAGCUCCAAAAAUGCCUUUUAUCAUAAUAAGCAUUUAUGUGCCUUGUGUGGAGCCUUGCACCUUGGGCUCUAAUUUUAUGCUACAGGCCAUAAACACCUACUCAAAGCCCUUAAUACGUACAUUAUCUAGAAACUGUGAAUUGCUUUAUAGACUGUCCAAACACUGUCCCAAAUGCUUUUGUCAGUUGUUAUGAAUAAAGAAAACCCAUGGACUCUCAAACCAUGGCACAUAAGAGUUUGCUUCAGAAAAUGUGGAUACAUAGUACCAGAAGAUGCUAUAACAUUACCAGAAAAGCAAAUAUCUGGACCAAACAUGGAAUUGGAAGAUAAAGAAUUUUUUGUAACUGUAACAAUAAAUAACCAAGAAAAGGUGAAUGUGCGGUGUAGGAUUCAUCAUUGGAGUACCAACAUUACAGAAAGGAUUCCUCAUGUUCACAACUUUUGGGAGAUCCUAUCUGAACCUGUGAUACCAGAGCAAGCACCUAUAUUAGAAAGUAUGCCUAAGAAACGUAAUGUAAUCAAGAAAAGACAAGCUAGUAUAUAAUUAAAAAUUGUUGAGUACGA